GCCCCGUCAGUCGGCGGCGGCAACUCACGCGCGUUGUUUCGUAUCCGAAAUCUCUCUCGGCUCUCUGUUACGCUUCUCGCAGUACACCUGCUAGCAUUCAGGCUUCGGCGGCUCUCACGCUCGAGAGCUCGGAGGUCAUUACGUCCUCGCUCGGUUUCGGCCCUCAGCGGUUUCACCUCGCGCCGCGUUGACAGCGGACGUCGACGAACUCGCUGCAGCGGUGGCCACUGACUUUUCGAAACUGUGCUGGUGCGCGCCGUAACUCUGGCGGGCCGUCCGCCUGUGGUGUGACAGUGAAAACGUGAAUAUUGCUAACCUAUGCGGAUGUGCAGUGACGGAUGAGUAGACUGAAGAAUCCAACGUCAACAAAGUUUUGAGCAGCGAGCGAGAGCGGGUCGUCAAAAUUGAGUCCAAACUGUAUUUAGAUUACAACGCUGCCCCGCUGUUCGCCUCUGAAAACGCCUCCAGUGAAGUGUGGAGCGCGGGCGGCGGGGCCGGCGGUGGGACAGCAUGCGGUAGCACCGGCAUGGAGCUGAAACACGAGGUGGCGUACCGCGGCGUGUUGCCCGGCCAGGUGAAGGCCGAGCCUGGCGUCAGUCACAACGGCCAUCCGGUCAACGGACACGUCCGGGACUGGAUGGCGGGGGGAGCUGCGGGCGGGGGCUCGCCCUCCCCAGGCGCGCCGGGACAACCGCAGCCCAGCAACGGAUACUCAUCGCCACUAUCCUCAGGCAGCUACGGUCCGUACAGCCCUAAUGGAAAAAUAGCCUGCUCUCCCGUUCUUCAUCAAAUAGGUCGAGAGGAACUUUCGCCGGCUUCAAGCAUAAAUGGCUGCAGUGCUGAUGCUGACGCCAGACGGCAGAAGAAAGGUCCUGCACCUCGACAGCAAGAGGAGCUAUGUCUUGUCUGCGGCGACAGAGCCUCCGGAUACCACUACAACGCACUGACGUGUGAAGGAUGCAAAGGAUUCUUCAGGCGGAGUGUCACCAAAAACGCAGUAUAUAUUUGUAAAUUUGGACAUGCCUGUGAAAUGGAUAUGUACAUGAGGAGGAAAUGUCAAGAGUGUCGGUUAAAGAAAUGUCUAGCGGUAGGAAUGAGGCCUGAAUGUGUCAUACAGGAGCCCAGUAAAAAUAAAGACAGGCAAAGGCAAAAGAAAGACAAAGGAAUAUUAUUACCUGUCAGUACGACCACAGUCGAAGACCACAUGCCCCCGAUCAUGCAAUGUGAUCCACCUCCGCCCGAGGCCGCCAGGAUUCACGAAGUCGUCCCGAGGUAUCUUUCGGAGAAGCUGAUGGAGCAGAACAGGCAGAAGAACAUACCACCAUUGUCGGCGAAUCAGAAGUCUCUGAUCGCGAGGCUCGUGUGGUACCAGGAGGGAUAUGAGCAGCCCUCCGACGAGGAUCUCAAAAGAGUAACGCAGACUUGGCAGUCGGAUGAAGAGGACGAGGAAUCCGAUCUACCCUUCCGCCAGAUCACGGAGAUGACGAUCUUAACGGUCCAGUUGAUCGUCGAGUUCGCCAAGGGUCUACCGGGCUUUUCGAAGAUAUCACAGUCUGAUCAAAUCACCUUAUUAAAAGCCUCGUCCAGCGAGGUGAUGAUGCUGCGGGUGGCGAGGCGAUACGACGCCGCGUCCGACAGCGUGCUGUUCGCCAACAACAAGGCGUACACGCGCGACAACUACCGCAAGGCGGGCAUGGCCUACGUCAUCGAAGACCUCCUACACUUCUGCCGGUGCAUGUUCGCGAUGGGCAUGGACAAUGUGCACUUUGCACUGCUCACGGCCAUCGUUAUAUUCUCAGAUCGGCCCGGGCUCGAGCAGCCGUCGCUGGUAGAAGAGAUCCAGAGAUACUACCUGAACACGUUGCGAAUUUACAUCAUCAACCAGAACAGCGCGUCGUCGCGCUGCGCCGUGAUCUACGGCAGGAUCCUGAGCGUGCUGACCGAGCUACGCACGCUCGGCACGCAAAACUCCAACAUGUGCAUCUCGCUGAAGCUGAAGAACAGGAAGCUGCCGCCGUUCCUCGAGGAGAUCUGGGACGUGGCGGAGGUGGCCACGACGCAUCCCACGGUGCUGCCGCCCACCAACCCGGUGGUGCUAUAGCCUCCGCCCGCCCCAGGAGAGAACGCUCAUAGACUGGCUAGUUUUAGUGAACGUGCGCUGAUCCGUAUUCGGUGACAGAUUAGUGAUUAUAUGUGUUGUUGAACGUUUGGAGAGUAUAUAUAUAGUGUUGACGGCGAGGCCCGUCCGGCCCCGUACUUGUUUCGUUUCUGACCGGAUGCUGCGUCGGUCGCGCCCUUGCGACCACGAUAAGACUACUUUCUAUAAGUACGUCUCUAAAUUGAGGCCCCAAGAACCGGAAGCCUAACUAAGAUACGACGGUUUAUUUUAUCACAGAGGAAACUGAAGUAAUUAAUAUAUUAACAGUUAACACAGGUUCAAAGCAGUUAGGCCGCUCCGGACUUCUCAUGGUCUCAAUAAGGCGGACGUAUAAGAGUUACAUAGAGAAUAAAAUAAUAAUA